UUCGCUGUGUUUAAUGAUGGCGGUGUCCAAGAUAGCUCUGGCGCAUUGACGCUGGCUGUUGCUGUACAGUUUUGUUUUCUUAUUGUUAGGUCGUCUGUUAAUGGUUUUAGUUGAAGACAUCACCUCUGAAACCUUUAUGAAGUAAUACACAGAUCAUGGCUCUUCACAGACUGCCCUUUAGACUAUGCCAAACGGCAGCACACGCAAGGUCUCUUCAGACAGGUGUAUGUGGUCGGCAACAGGAGACCGUGGUUGUAGAGUCAGAGUCUGAACCCUCCAUGGUUUUCAGGACAAGGGAAAAUGAUCCGGCGUGUCAUUCACAGAAACACAUUGGACAGUAUUACACUGUACCCCCUGCACACAUGCGUAAUCUGUUCCCUCCUGGACUGGCCAGGCGCUUUCAAAAGCAGGUAAAGACAUUUAAUGAAGCCUGUGUGAUGGUGAGGCAGCCUGCUGUGGAGGUUAUUUCAUACCUGAAGAAAACCGACUUCAGCAAACCUCCUCUACGAUAUUUGUUCUAUGGGGUGAGGGGGAGUGGAAAGACCAUGUCUCUCUGUCACACAGCCCACUUCUGCUAUACACAAGGAUGGCUGGUGCUGCACAUACCUGAUGCCCACGCGUUGGUAAAGAAUACUAAGGAGCUGCUGCCAUCGUCUUACAACGCUGCUCGCUUGGACCAGCCGUUAGAAGCCACUGAAUGGUUACGCAACUUCAAAGUCUCAAAUGAACACUUCCUGUCAAAGAUAAAGACAACACAUCGCUACAUAUGGACAAAGAGAGAGUCCCUUGAAAAAGGGCAGCCAUUAGGAGAGCUGGUGGAGCAGGGUCUGACUCGUGUGAAGAGCAGCACUGAUGUGGUGGGAGCAAUAAUGAAGGAGCUGAGGCUGCAGAGCGGGCAACCAGACACAAACCUGCGACUAGCCGUGGUGGUGGAUUGUGUCAAUGCCCUCUGGGGAAAAACCACCUUCAAGAAGCAGGACAAGAGCCCCGUGGAUCCAGAGGAGCUCACUUUAGUUUAUAACCUGAGGAAGCUGAUGAGGAACAACUGGAAAGGAGGUGCCAUUAUCACCACUCUGUCUCAGACGGGCUCUCUCGCCACCCCAAAAACUCCAUAUUUGCCUCAAGAGGUCCUAGGAGAGAGGGGCUUUGACAGCAUGGACCCAUUUGUCCCUGUGUCAGUACCCAAUUACAGCGAGAAGGAGUUUGAGAGCUGUUACCUCUAUUAUUUAGACCGGCACUGGCUGCAACAUCCACAGAGCCAAACAGAAGAAGGAAAGAAAGAAAUAAUCUUUUUGAGUGGCAGAAAUCCAUCAGCAGUGGAGAAAAUAUGUGCCUUCCUGUGAAGUCACAUGAAAACCUGAAUCUCUUGCAUUUGACUGUCAGUGCCCCAAAUAAAUAUACAAUAAAUACACAAAUGUCAUUGUCUGCAAUGGACAUGUCUGUAAAAUAUAACUGUUGUUUUUGUAAUAAAAAUGUAUUGGAAGUAU